UAGGAGCCCCUCUCUCCAGCAUGGCCAACAAAGGUCCUUCCUAUGGCAUGAGCCGCGAGGUGCAGUCCAAAAUCGAGAAGAAGUACGACAAGGACCUGGAGGAGCAGCUGGUGGAGUGGAUUGUGAUGCAGUGUGGCCCGGACGUGGGCCGCCCGGACCGUGGGCGCCUGGGCUUCCAGGUCUGGCUGAAGAACGGCGUGGUUCUGAGCAAGCUGGUGAGCAGCCUCCAUCCUGGCUCCAAGCCCGUGAAGGUGCCAGAGACCCCACCCUCCACGGUCUUCAAACAGAUGGAGCAGGUGGCUCAGUUCCUGAAGGCGGCCGAGGACUACGACGGGGUCACCAAAACGGACAUGUUCCAGACUGUGGACCUCUUUGAAGGCAAAGACAUGGCAGCCGUGCAGAGGACCCUCAUGGCUUUGGGCAGCUUGGCAGUGACCAAGAACGACGGGCACUACCGUGGUGACCCCAACUGGUUUAUGAAGAAGGCCCAGGAGCACAAGAGGGAGUUCACAGAGAGCCAGCUACAGGAGGGCAAGCACGUCAUUGGAUUUGAAAUCCUGACUGCGUAG